AACAUUAAGUUGAACAGGCAGUUUAGGUCUGUGGUUUGUUUCUGCAGUAGGGUGGUGUUCUUCCGGCUCCUGUCUACACUGUCAUGAGAAGACAGUCUCAUCUUCUCAGACAUUACUGCUUCUCUGAAUGACUGAAAGAUGUAUGUGGAGGUUGAAGAAGGAAGAAAGUCAGACUCAAAAAGAAGAUGCAAGAGACUGGUUUGGCGUUUGUUUCCUCAUGUUUUCCUCAUUUUAUCACUCAUUUUAUAUGCAGUUUUAGGUGCAAAGAUCUUUCAACACAUUGAAAACAAACCAUUCAAUGAGCCGGAGAACAUCAGUGUGGUGGUGCAAAAAGUGGUGGAGACAGUGCAGAAUCACACAGAUGCCUCAACACAGGAUGCAUUAUUCAGUAAAAUAGAAAAUAUUUUGUCCAAAUUCCGUAAUGAAGGGGAGUAUCAGAACUGGAGCUUCUACAGUUCACUUUUCUUCUGCUGUACACUGUUCACUACUGUAGGUUAUGGACAAAUGUAUCCAGUGACGUUUGAAGGCAAGGUGGCUUGUAUCCUGUAUGCAAUGGUGGGCAUUCCUCUCAUGCUGCUAGUCAUCUCAGAUGUGGGAGAUAUCUUAGCUGUUCUUCUUUCUAAAGCGUACACUCGCCUCAGGCUGUUGUUCAGAGAAUGGAAGUUACAUCGCUCAUGCAUUUACAGGCAUGAUAAGGCAUCAUCUCCAAAACAAGUUCAAGGUGGUGAUUCGUCCCAUUCGUCCUGCAGAUGCACUUCCUUGCAGAUACGUCACAACAAAGAUAUCUUUGACCAAAUGAUUAAGGAGAACUUCAAGCUCAAAACCGCUCUAACAAAAUCUUCCUCGUGCCCAGACCUCAACCGUAUGCCACCCACAAAAGCCAGCUCCAAGUUAUUUAUUGGCAUCGGACAGGAGAUGAACCACUUUAAAGUCCCUCUGCUGGUCAUCUUGCUGGUAGUAUUUGCAUAUAUGGUGGUCUGCAGUCAAAUUCUGAGAUGCUGGGAGAAGCAGAUGGACUAUUUUGAUGCCUUUUAUUUUACCUUCAUCACCUUGACAACCAUUGGCUUUGGGGACAUUGUGCCUGAACACCCAAAAUACUUCAUGGUUACCUUUUUGUUUAUUAUCACAGGCAUGGCCAUUAUGAGUAUGGCCUUCAAACUCGGCCAAUCACAAAUUUUUAGCUUUUACAGGCGGAGCAUGAAGUGUAUUAGCAUGGGCAAGGUAGGAAUACACAAAGACCUAGACAAUAACUGAAGGCAGAAAGAAGCAGUUGGUUUUUGUGGCUUUGCUAAUGGCAUAUAAAAUUACUACAGGAAAGCAUGAGCAUUCUCAGUGCAAGAUGAUAGUGUGUUUUAAUAUCUAUAGGGUAUCACUGCCAGUUUGAUAUACAAUGGGUUGAAGGGAAAUUAACCAUAGUCAUGCUGCAGUGAACAAGUAUAAGAGAAAGAGGCUCAAAAUAAAGCUUACACACCUGUUAACUAUUUUAGCCAAAAGCAAGGAAAUGCAUGAGGCAUUGUUUAUUUUUGUUUAGAUAUGUAGCUUGUCAGAAAUGCACUAGCAAUGCAAGUCACUUAUUAAAUCCAUUUAUUCUUAAUUGGCAUUUAUUCAUGUUAAUGCAAUAAUUUUGUACUAUAACUGUAUUCAUAAUAUAUCUGAUAAUGUAACCAGUAUUGUUUUUAUUUUUUUAAUUCAAUGCUAAGAGCAUAGUAUGAUUUUACUUUCUGAUCAAUGCAUUACUUUUUUCUUAGUGACAUUAAGGUUAUGAAAGUGUACAUGUAAAAUUAAAGUGCCCCAUUAUGGAUUUUUGAAAAUUACCUUUCAUGCAGUGUGUAACACAGCUCUAAGUGAAUGAAAACACCCUGCAAAGUUUUAAAUCUGAAAGUGCAGCGUGUAUACAGUUAUUGUUUCUCAAAAGAAAGAGUCGACUCUGAAUCAUUGAAUAGAGUCGUUUUUAAAAUGAAUCCCAAGCCGUUUUAUGUUGACGUCAGCAUGAAACAUCAGCAUAUUGCCCGCCCACUUGUUGGUCUUUUCGCGUUGGUCUGAAUGAAAAUGAAAAUUCAUUCUUUGCCACUAGGUGCCGCUUGAAUGAAAUGAAAAUGAGACCAAUCAUCGCAGAUUAGCGUCACGCAAAGGAGGGGUUUAGAAAAAUGAAUCGUUGAGCAAGUAAGGUAAAAAUAAAUGUAUAUUAUAAGGCAAUGAAUGUGUUUUUUCACCUUACAUGAAUGUCAACCCGUUGUCGGUGACUCCCAAAACCAAAAUAUGAACCUUUCAUUACCCAUAAUAGGGGCACUUUAAUUUAUUCAGUUAUACAAAAGCUAUGUAAAUAUAUGAUUGACCACCUGUAAUAUCUUUGCUGUGAAACGUAAUAUUAUUCACUUUGAAACCAAGUUAAUAAAUGAAUCAUUU